AUGGGGAACCACGGCUCCAACCUGGAGGACAUCCUGGCGGAGGACAUGCACCACUGGUACAACAAGUUCAUGCGCGAGUCUCCGUCAGGCCUCAUCACGCUGUUCGAGCUGAAGGCCAUCCUGGACCUGAAGGGCAUGAACGAGAACGCCAACAGCUACGUGGACCAGGUGUUCUUCACCUUCGACAUGGACGGGGACGGUUACAUCGACUUUGUGGAAUACAUCGCCGCCGUCAGUCUGAUGCUGAAAGGAGAAAUCAACCAGAAGCUGAAGUGGUAUUUCAAGCUGUUCGACCAGGACGGCAACGGGAAGAUCGACAAGGACGAGCUGGAGACCAUCUUCUCGGCCAUCCAGGACAUCACACGCAACAGAGACAUCGGCCCAGAAGAGAUCGUCUCGAUCAUAUUUGAGAAGAUAGACGUGAAUGGAGAAGGUGAGUUGACGCUGGAGGAGUUCAUCGAAGGAGCCAGAGGCCACGAGGACAUCAUGGACAUGCUGAAGACCCUAAUGGACCUGACGCCAGUGUUGCUCAUCAUCGUGGAGGGGCGGGGGGGUUGA